AAAAUCAAAAACUGAAACGGAACUUGUAUCACAAGAUUUAUCACAAGCUUUACAAAAUUUAACUUUAGGUAAUUCAAAUUUAAUUGAUAUUGAGCAAAGUAUAUUGGGAGAAAAUGAUAUAAACGAACUACCAGUUCUUGUUGAUAGCAUAGAACAAGAUCAUAGUUUGGGAAUUUAUUCUAAUAAUAAGCAAAGUUUUAUUUGA